CUAAUAAUAAAUUCUAAAAAAACACACUACAUACAGUAUAAUUUUUCUAAAACUUUGCGAGAAAAUUAGCGUGUCAUUUAAAAAACAGGAGCAUAACCUCUUGUUAGAGUAUCAAACACUCCUUCCUCUUGGACUAUUUAAUUUUUUAAAUGAAAAAAAAAAAAAACUCCUCUUUUUAACCAACUUACCGGUUAGUUACUUUAUAUUAUUAAAUAUUAUGUGGACAUAUAUAAAACCCUAAGAAGAAGGGUCUUUGCUUAACAAUUUAAACAGAGAACAUAAACUCAGUACCAAAGAUGAUCACCUACCUCUCUUCUCUCCUUCAACGAGUGGCGGAAUCGAACGAUAUCACCCGACGAUUAGAGCCUCAGAAGGUGUCUGUUUUCCAUGGCCUUACUCGCCCUACAAUCUCUAUUCAAAGUUACUUAGAAAGGAUUUUUAAGUAUGCAAAUUGCAGCCCUUCUUGCUUUGUUGUUGCUUAUGUUUAUCUCGAUCGAUUUACGCAACGACAACCGUUGUUGCCUAUCAAUUCUUACAAUGUUCAUCGUUUGUUGAUCACUAGUGUCAUGAUUUCUGCUAAAUUCAUGGAUGACAUGUAUUACAACAAUGCAUAUUAUGCCAAAAUUGGAGGUAUAACCAUCACAGAAAUGAACUUCCUAGAGGUUGAUUUCUUGUUUGGUUUGGGAUUUCAUUUAAAUGUGACACCCAACACAUUUCAUACCUACUGUUCUUACCUUCAAAGAGAAAUGUUGCUGCUACAACCUCCUGUUAAUGUUGUUGUACCCGAUUCUAAUUCGUCGUUAAUCAUGGGUAAAUCAUCUACUAUGAUAAUUCAUUCGUGUUUCAACGACGAUGAGCCUACAUCUCAUCAACAACAGCAACAACAACCACAGCGACAAUUAGCUGUUUAGCUAAUCCGGGUUUUUACUAAUUAGAACUUAAAUUGUACUUAGCUUGUAGAGAUAAUCUCUGUCUCUUUUUUUUCUUGAUCUAAAAUGGUUAUUGGUGGAAAUGAUGAGCAACAUGAGAAUUUUGCAACA